AUGAAGACAUUAUUUACAGCUCUCUUCUUCGUCUUCACGAGCUAUUGUGAAGUACGUGCAGACAUUGUUCUGGGGACUAGUUCAGCUUUCCCUACAGAGGGCGCAUGGGAUGAAGAUGGCAAAGGAGUCAGUAACUGGGACCUGUUUAGCCUGACCAGUAGCAACAUCCAAGGUGGAGGGGACGCCAAGAUUGCAGCCGAUGGCUACCACAACGUGAAGACAGAUGUGCAGCUGUUGAAGUCACUAGGGGUGUCCCACUACAAGUUCUCGUUGUCAUGGUCUCGCAUCCUGCCAUCUGGAACUACCGAAAACUUAAUCAACGCCCUCCUGGCCAAAAACAUCCAGCCGUUUGUGAGUCUCCAUCACUGGGAUCUGCCGGAGAGGUUGCAGAACCAAGGAGGAUGGGCAAACGAGUCCUCCGUGCAGUGGUUCAGAGAUUAUGCUGACGUGUGCUUCAAACUGUUCGGCGACAGGGUAAAACUAUGGACCACGAUCGAUGACCCGGCGACCCUCGCUUACAAGGGUUACGAAACUGGGGAGAUAGCACCAGGACUGAAAAAGCCAGAGUUGGUGUAUGUUGUCGGCCAUAACCUGUUGCUGGCUCAUACUGAGGCAUACCAUCUGUACAAAGAUUCAUACAAGGAUUCUCAGAAAGGACAAGUUGGCAUCGAUCUUCACACGACCUGGUAUAUUCCAAAGACGCAAUCUGCUCCUGAUUUCUUGGCAGCAGAUAGAGCCGUUGUCUUUCGUCUUGGAUGGUUUGCGGAUCCGUUGUUCCUGGGAGACUAUCCCUCAGUAAUGAAAGAGCGAGUGGCAUUGAAGAGGGGUAAACUGGGGGUCCCUGAUGAAAAGUUGCCAGAAUUGACUGAGGAAGAUAAGAAUCGUGUGCGAGGUGCUCUCGAUUUCCUUGCAAUUGGCCAUUUCAAGACAAAGCUGGCAUCGGAGAAACCAAAUUCAGAAAGGGGAUUCUUGAAUGAUCAGGAUGUCCUGUUUGAAGCAGACAGGUCAUAUCCCAAACUGGAGUAUCGACCGGAACUCAACCCGGACAGUGACAAGCGACUAAUGGGCUUUGGUCUAAGAGAUCUCCUGGCGUAUUUGACUACAAAAUACAACAAACCGGCUAUUUAUGUGACUGAGAGUGGCCUGUCCACCUGUGGGACAUUGAAAGAUCAAAACAGGAUUGACUAUAUUAAACAGUACAGCAAUUAUGUCCUGCAAGAGAUCAACAACGGAAGUAAUGUUAGAGGCUAUUUCGUAUCCUCAUUGGUUGAUGGAUUCGACUGGAACAAAGGAUACACCAGCAAGACAGGGCUGUACUAUGUGGAUUUUGGUACCCCGGGAAGGCCUCGUUAUCCGCGAUCUUCGGUCAAGUUUUACAAGCAGCUCAUCGCCAAAAGGGGUUUCGACAAUGUCAUCAAAAACUACAGAGCAUUUCCUGAAGAUCGCGAUGAGUUUUACUACGGGUAUUUUCCUCACUAUUUCAUAUGGGGAGUUGCAACUGCGGCGUAUCAAGUUGAAGGAGCCUGGAAUGAAGAUGGAAAGGGCCCCAGCAUUUGGGACACGUUCGCUCACACCAACAGAAUAGCCCAUAACGAGACCGGGGACGUGGCUUGUGACAGCUACCACCUCUUCCAGAGGGACGUCGAGAUGCUCCAGGAGUUAGGGGUCGAUUUUUACCGAUUCUCUAUUGCUUGGAGCCGAGUUCUACCAGAUGGUACAAUAGGCUCAGUCAACCAAGCGGGAAUUGCCUACUACAACCGACUCAUUGAUGCUCUGCUGGCUAAGAACAUUACUCCUAUGGUGACGCUGUAUCACUGGGAUCUACCUCAAGCUCUCCAGGAUAGGGGAGGUUGGAAGAACGACGAGAUCGUAGACCUGUUUGGAGAGUACGCUAGACUGGUUUUCGAACAGUUUGGAGACAGGGUGAAGACCUGGAUCACAUUCAACGAAGCCUACGUAAUCAGCUGGCUAGGCUACGGCGUCGGGGCCUUCGCUCCAGGCAUUAGCGAGCCUGUUGAUGGGGUCUAUCGUGUGGCCCACAACAUAAUUCGCUCUCACGUGAAGGCCUACCAUAUCUUCAAGGACAACUUCAAGAACAAGUACGGGGGUAACGUUGGCAUCACAUUGGACAUUGAGUGGAAGGAACCGCUUACUGAUUCCUUGAAAGACGCCAUUGCAGCAGAGAGAGCCAUACAGUUUAAGUUAGGCUGGUUUGGCAACGCCAUAUUUUCCGGAAGUGGCGAUUACCCACAAGUCAUGAAAGAAUUCAUUGCAGAAAAGAGCCAACGACAAGGUUUCGCUACAAGCCGACUUCCGGAGUUUACUGAUAGCGAAAAGGAGCAGAACAAAGGUGCCUAUGACUUUAUUGGAAUAAACCAUUAUACAUCCAACCUGAUCGGCAACAAACCUAACCCGGAUUCGGUGCCAAACUACCAGGAGGAUCAGGACAUCGACAUCAAAUCGGAUCCCUGUUGGGGAGUUACGGCCCAAGACUGGUUGAAAGUAAAUCCAUGGGGUAUCAGAUAUAUUUUGAGAUGGGUCAAAGAACAUUACAACAAUCCAAUCAUCUUCAUCACGGAGAGUGGACGCUCUACCGAGGGUGGGCUGGACGAUCCAGAAAGAAUUUACUAUUAUAAAUACUACAUCAAUGAAGUCCUGAAAGCCAUUAAACUGGAUCACGUCCGCGUCCAUGGUUACACAGCCUGGUCAUUGAUGGACAACCUGGAGUGGACAACCGGCUACGACGCCAAAUUUGGCCUCUAUUCCGUGGACUUCAACAGUUCCAGCAGGACACGCGUCCCUAGAGCUUCAGCUGCAUUCUUCAGAAAUUUAACUAUCGAGAAUGGAUUUGAAGAGCCUGAAGACUAA